UGUCUCGAAUCCAAGAGCUUCUUCAUCAUCAUUGUGCUUCAGAGUUAGCAAUAGCAUCAUCACCGCGUGAUUCUUUCUCCUGCAGAAUUAAAAUAAUUUAAUUUAAUCAAACGGCCCCAUCCCAUUCUCCAAAGGGUGUUUAAAAGUCUCAACCAAGUCCAUUUUCUUUGGCGGUUGCGGUUUCAACUUCGAUUUUCCUCUGACUCUGUCAAAACGUGAACCCAGUCGUGGGUUUGUAUAAAGCCACAGAGUUAGUUUCUAUUUGAUUAUGUUGGGGGAUUUCCUUACAAGGUGUCUUAUAUUGCUUCUGGGGUAUGCAUAUCCUGGAUUUGAAUGCUACAAAACUGUGGAGAAGAACAGGGUUGACAACGAGGAACUUCGAUUCUGGUGCCAAUACUGGAUCAUUGUUGCAAUGUUUACUGUGCUGGAAAAACUUGCAGAUGUAGUUGUUGGAUGGUUUCCAUUGUACGAUGAGUUGAAGCUUGCACUUUUUAUCUACCUAUGGUAUCCUAAGACUAAGGGAACGGGAUAUGUGUAUAAUUUUGUGUUGCGGCCUUAUGUGUCAAGACAUGAAAACGACAUUGACAAAACAUUUCAAGAAUGGAGAGUUAGGGCAUGGAAUUUGGCCAUUUUUUACUGGAAAAACUGCACUGAAUUGGGGCAAACUGCAUUUUGGCAGGUUCUCGACUACUUGGCUGGCCAAUCGGCUAAAUUUUCCGGCAAACCCGACACUAAAAAGAAUAAGAAAAGGGGUAAUGAGAUUGCAGCUCCAAGUGCACCACCAUUGCCUUCAUUGCGUGAGGCUCUAUUUGAAAACGGCAACAUGAAUGGCUCAGGUUCAGGGCACAGCAAAUUAACGCGCCGUAAUGUUUCGGACGCGCCCAACGCCAGGCCAGUGAAUUUCCAUUUAGAUCCCCAAACGGGUUUCUUGCAUGAGGAGGAGCCAUGGGGGCCUGAAGAAAAUGACAAACCCGGUGGAGUCUUCGAGAAGCUACGACGCUUGCGUAAGAGUUAGACCCUAAAAAGAAGCCAACACUAGGGAAUAUUACAGAAGCUUCAAACGAAAACUGGGAAGGGUAAGCCCAAAAAGCCCAUCAGUCUAGAACUGUAACCCCGUGUACAUACCUCACUCACAUUAAGCCCAGCACAAAGGGAAAUUGGAAUUAACAACUUAUAGCAUUCACAUUCAUGUAAUGUCUCGUUGUAACAUAUGUACUGAAUAGAUUGUUUCUUCUUUUCUUUC